ACACACAAUACAAAAAAUACACUACCAGAAUCUUCAUGUUUAGCAAAGCAUUUGCCAACAUUUGCUGCGGCCCGGAUAAGAUGUAGUUCGGUCGAUCGUUGGUCGUGGUCUUGUUUAACUAAGUACAUAUUUAUUGUUGGCAAACAGUGAAAUACAUAAUUUAUCUAUUAAAAAAGAAAACAAAAAACAAAGUGUUAAAACAAGCUCGGCGUUAUUUCUGCACAGAGAGUGAGUAAAGAAAAGCACCAGAUAGAAAGCAACCUUUGUCAAAUAAAUACAAUAACACUAGUAGUGUGCAUUUAAAAUUUAAAUCAUUUAUUUUCUCACGCGAUUAUAGCUUGCCUAUCGGAAGCAUCGGAAGCUGUUAUCGAUGCUAGCUUGGUCAGUACUCAGUACCAAUUGAACUUCAUCCGUUUCAACUUUGAUUUUGAUUAUUGUCCGGCGAUAAAAUCUAUGCUUGCACAGAAUUUUAAAAUUUAUAAAAAUUGUGUUUCUUUAGAUGGAAAUUCUGGUGAUACAACACAGCUGUAAAAAAUUUUUGAAACCAUAUAACACGCUCGAACUAUACAACUUAUUUAUUUGGCCAAAAAUGGUACCGCCUGUUUAUGCUGACUUGGGCAAAUUGGCCCGUGACUUGUUCAGACGGGGCUAUCACCCUGGACUUUGGCAGCUGGACUGCAAAACCAUGACUAGCUCUGGCAUCGAGUUUUUUACGACUGGGUUUGCAAGUCAAGAUGCCAGCAAAGUGAUGGGCUCUUUGCAAAGCAAAUAUAACAUAGAGGAUUAUGGUAUUACUCUUACCGAAAGAUGGAACACCGAUAAUUUGCUCUUUGGCGAAAUUGCUCAGAAAGAUAAGUUAGUUGAGGGUCUUUUGCUCGCAUUGGAGGGCCGUUUUCAGCCGUCAUCUGGUGAUAAAAGUGGCAGAUUUAUGGCCCGAUAUGCUAAGGACUUUUUUAACAUACUUGGAAAAAUUGAUAUCAAAAGUGACCCCUUGAUUGGGCUAUCGUUGGUUCUAAGUCACAACCAGUUCUUGGCGGGUGCUUCUACUGACGUCGAUAUAAACUCUGAAAACAUAGGCUGGAGUGUUGCACUAGGUUGGACAAAUGAGACAACAACCGUACAUGGCGAACUAAUUAAUGCCGAUGGUUGGCUUCUUUCGGUGUUCCAUAAGGCAAACGAACAAAUAGAUGCCGCUGUUGAAGUCGGCCAGGCCGCUGCAGGUGCUGUAGAGGAAGGUGAAGAACCGAGACGGGGUGAUUUGAAUGUUGGGGUAGGAAUGGUCUAUCGUUUGGAAGGUGAUGCCUUGAUACGUGCUAAAAUUAACAGUAAUGUCGAACUAGGCCUGGGCUUUCAGCAAAAGCUGCGAGAAGGCAUCACCAUGUCCAUAUCGACAGUACUUGACUGCCCUCACAUUACCGAUGGCAAUCACAAAUUUGGCGUUGGGCUAUCAUUGGAGUGCUAAUAACAGUUAUACAUGUCAUCAUCAAAUUAGUUGCUAUCAUUCAUUUUGUGCUUCUGAUGAAAGUUUUACAAUAUUUUCGUAUUUGUGUCCUCCUUAAAAAACACAUAUAUGUAUUCAAGUUAAA